AUGGGCUCUUGUGCAUCAACGGGUGUUUCACAAGCUGCAAGUCCGGCAAAAAGUCAGCUAUCUAGUGGUGCUCAACAAAAUCUCUUCAAUACACAAGAAAUGAAUCAAAUAAGCGUAAGAAAUGCAGGUGAAGAAGCUGGAGGCAUGAAUGGAAAAGGUAGAGACCAAGAAACAGUGGACAAGAAUGGUAAUAACACCAGAAAGGACUAUCUGCUACCUGGUAUAGACUUGUUAGAAUGUGGAAUUGGACAAAAGGAUAUACCACUAAGAACUGUGGAAAAUAUGGCUACAGACGAAGAAAUCGAUAUGGAAUGUGUAGUGUCAGGUGUAUCUCAAUUUUUCUACAAGAAUUUGACGACCUGCACUUUGGGUCAGUAUGCGCAAAUACCAAAUGAUACAGAUAUGCUAAGAUCAGUAAAUACACCUGAAUCCUUAAGAGCAUGUUACGUCAGAAUGCGUCAUAUCUAUCGAAUGAUCGAAGUUGAUCGUAUAGGUAAGGCGACACUGUUAAAGAAUAUACAGUAUUGUAUAAACGUUAUGGAAAAUGCGUAUAUAGCUGAAAAACGACGUAUUCGUGAGGAAGAAGAAGAUCUUUCUGAAGCUGCCACAGAAUAUGUUCCUGAUGAAGUACGCAACUGGCUUGCAUCUACAUUUACACGUACUGUACAAAAUGUUGGAAUUGGUGACCAGAAGCCUAGAUUCCGUAGUGUUGCGAAUGCAAUUAGAGCUGGAAUAUUUGUUGAAAGAAUUUAUCGUCGUAUGUCGAGUUGCUCGAAUCUCGUUGUCCCACCGAAUGUACUUCUUUUCCUCAAGACUGGUUUAGACACCUGGAAUUUCGAUGUAUUUGGUUUGAAUGAAGCAAGUGAAAAUCAUGCACUGAAAUUUGUUGCAUUUGAAUUAUUGCAUAAGUAUAACUUUAUCAACAAAUUCCAGAUCAAUUCUACUUGUUUAGAAAGUUUGCUGAUCCAACUUGAAACAGGUUACAGUAAAUACAGUAAUCCAUAUCAUAAUUUGGUGCAUGCAGCUGAUGUGAUGCAAACAUGUCAUAUGGUGAUCUAUAUGAAUGAUCUUAGACAGAAUUGGUUAAACGACCUGGACAUCUUCGCAACAUUAUUUGCUGCUGUAAUACACGAUUACGAGCAUACUGGUACCACUAACAAUUUCCAUAUAGCUACACGUUCUGAAUUAGCUUUAAUCUAUAAUGAUCGUGGUGUAUUGGAGAAUCAUCAUGUCAGUUCAGUUUUCCGUCUUAUGCAAGAAGAAGAAUUCUCUAUCCUAAGUGGAUUAGAUGUUGAUCAAUUCAAAGAAUUCCGUCAACUCGUAAUUGAUAUGGUAUUGUGUACGGAUAUGUCACUUCAUUUCCAACAAAUUAAAAAUAUGAAAAGUAUGAUAUGUAUGCCAGAAAGUAUUGAUAAAACAAAAGCCCUAUCGUUAAUUGUCCACUGUGCGGAUAUAUCACACCCAGCGAAAGAAUGGAAUCUACACGAACAAUGGUCCGAUAUAUUAUGCGAAGAAUUCUUCCGACAAGGUGAUCGAGAACGUGAAUUAAAUCUUCCGAUAUCACCACUUUGUGAUCGUAAUACAGUCAUUGUGCCACAAUCACAGAUCGGUUUCAUUGAUUUCAUUGUUGAACCGAGUUUUCAAGUUCUUGGUGACAUGAUUGAACGCAUAGUUAAUCCACCACAAACUGAAGGAGUCCCACCGACAGAGCCGACCAUUGUAAAGCCUAAAUCUGAUCAAGAAACCGUCUUUGAACAAGUGGUUCCCCGUCCAUGGGUUGAUCAUUUCAAGGAGAAUAAAGAAGCCUGGUCAAAGAAACUCCCACCAAAGAUAUAA